CCAUGGCAGCUGCUUCUGGUGCUGCAAGCGGAGCCGAUUCUGGGACUCCCGGGGGUCGUCGGUCGGCGGAUCUGAGCGCUCAGCCGCGAUUCUUUGGUCCUUUGGGGGACCCUGCUGCCUGAAGCAACCCCUUUCAGCCCCCGGGUCCCUUCCCGCCCCAGGCAUCCUUUCCCACCCAGCUUGCAGGGGGUGACAGGCCGCAUCCCUUGCUCCCCCAGGAUGGAGCCGGCCCGUGCCGUCCGCCUGGAGGUCCAGGAGGCCCUGCAAGCCCUCUCCUCUGAGGAUGGCAGCCACAUCGCCUGCACGCUGGGGACCCUGAAGCGUUACCUGAGCGGAGCUGAGAGCCCGGCGCCCCCGGAGGAGCAACAGGAGUUCGCCCGCUUCCACUUUGCAUCCCUUCUGCGGGGUCUGCUGGGCGCCCUGAGUCCCCACUGGCUGCAGCUGCUGCCUGAAGAUCAGCUGGAGCAGCUGUGCACCAAUUUCUUCCUGGAGGGCCCGGCUGGCCAAGCUUUCCUAGUGCUGAUGGAAGGCAUUGAGGGUGCUUCGUGCCCCAGCUUCCGUCUUACGAAGAUGGCGUGCUUGCUGGCCAAGUUUCUGGGCACUGGACGGCUGGUGGCGGUGUUGGAGGAGCAAUGCAGGCAACAGCCUGAGCCAGCCUUCUCCUUGCUCCAGGAGCCACUUCUGAGCCGUGUGGUGGGCCUGCCCGACCGCCUGGCCAACCGUUUGCAGCGAGAGAACCUGCCUGAGUUCCUACCCCAGAACUACUUCCCGCUACUGGGCGAGGCGGUCCUGGGGGCCCUGCAGAGCGUUGUGUGCUCCUUACGGGGUGGCACCCACUGCUCUGUGGCCUUCGUAUCCCAGGCUCUUGGGAAGGCGUGUGUCCUCGGGAGACACCGGGAGGUUCUGGGCGUGCUGGUGCCCCAGCUGACAUCACUCACGGAUGGCAGCUGCCUGUGGCAGCGAGUGUGCUGGCGCCUGGCAGAGCAAGUGCCUGAUCGCGCUGUGGAGGCUGUGCUGACAGGGCUAGUGGAGGCUGUGGCGGGCCCCGAAGUCCUUUCUCGACUCUUGGGGGACCUGGUGGUGAAAAGUCCAAAGGCCCAGUUCGUCCUGACCCGGAAACUGCUGCUUCUUCAGUACCGGCUGUCGGUAUCCGCGCUGCAGAACCUAUUGGGGUACCUUGCUAUGGACAGCCGUCAGCGGCCGCUCUUGGUUCAGGCUCUGAAGGACCUCCUGGAAACAUGGGGCAGCAGCAGCGCCGUCCGCCAUGCACCCUUGGACCAGCAGCGCUAUAUCAGCAAGGCUGUGCUCCUGUGCUUGGUGCAGCUGCCUGUUACUGCACUCAGUGACUGCCAGGAUGAGCUGAUGGCCAGUCUGAUGGCGGGGGUGAAGUGCCACCUGGACAGCAGCCUCCCUGCCGUGCGACGACUGGGCAUGGUCGUGGCUGAGGUAGCCAGUGCCCGGAUUCACCCUGAGGCGCCACCCCUGAAGUUCCAGUAUGAAGAAGAUGAGCUCAGCCGUGAGCUGCUGGCCCUGGUGGAGCCUCGGCCUGCAGGGGACAGUCCCUUGGAGACAGGCCCCGUGACCACAUCAGUGACCACUGAGAUUCCCUGUGAGCGGAGUGUGGACAGCAAACCCCAGUCCUGUGGCUCUGACUCGGAACUUGACAGUGACGAUGAGUUUGUUCCCUACGACAUGUCAGGGGACAGGGAGCUCAAGAGCAGCAAGGCGCCCCUGUACGUGCGUGACUGUGUGGAAGCCUUGACCUCGUCGGAGGAUUUUGAGCGUUGGGAGGCGGCCCUGAGGGCACUCGAGGGGCUGAUUGCCCGGAACCUGGCUGCGGCCCGAGAGGUGAGCGUGGAGCUGGCCGCGGUGCUGCUGCACCUGGAGAAAAAGACCAGCAUGGAGGACUUCGAGGGGCUGCGCCAGCGAGCCUUGGUGGCUGUGACAGUCACAGACCCGAUGCCUGUGGCCAAGUAUCUGACCUCCCAGUUCUACGCAAUCAACUACAGCCUGCGACAACGCAUGGAUGUGCUGGAUGUGUUAACGCUGGCAGCGCAGGAGCUGUCUCGGCCUGGGCGCCCCAGGAAAUCUCCCCUGAGCGUCCCCCUGGCCCCUGCAGCCCCAGUCCCUACUUGGCGAGCUGUGGUGGAGGAGCGAGUCAAGAAGAAGACCCGGCGGCUGUCGCAGGGCAAUUCCAGGUGCAUCCCAGCUGGCAACCCCAACCGCUUCACUCUGCUGGCUGGCUGCUUCUUCUUCCCCCUCAUCCAGCAAUUUGACAGGCCUUUGGUGACCUUUGACCUUCUGGGGAAUGACAGCUUGGUUCUGGGGCGCCUGGCCCACACCCUGGGGGCCCUCAUGUACCUGUCAGUAAAUACCUCGGCAGCUGGGGCCAUGGGCAAAGCCCUGCUGGAAUUCGUUUGGGCCCUGCGGUUCCACAGUGACGCAUAUGUGCGCCAGGGGCUGCUGUCUGCCGUGUCCUCGGUGCUACUGAGCACGCCUGCUGAGCGCCUGUUGGAGGACCUUCCUGAAGAGCUGCUAGAAGCUGGGGCCUGGCUAACAGAUGUGGCUGAGCAGGAUCCGGACCAGGACUGCAGGCUGCUGGCUGUGAAGGCGCUGCUACUUCUGCGGAAACUGCAGGAUAAGCUGCUUCCAGGGCUGCAGACCUGAGUCGGGUCUGCGCCAUGGCCCCACGCCCCGAGUGUGAAAUAAAGGACAGACAUGCCCA